AUGCGAACGACGAGUCGAGCGUUGAUGUAUGGAUUGUACGACGAAUUUCAGAUCUCCCUUAAAUGCCCACAUGCACCGCCCAACUCUUCAUUCUCAAUUUGUCACGCACAAGCCGCCUUUUUAUCAGGAGUAUGCGAAGCGAUGUUAUGCCCGCUGGAACGGGUUCAAGUCCUUCUUCAAACAACGAAAUUCCAUGAUAAAUUCAAGAAUACAUUGCACGCGUUCAGUCGAUUAAAAGAGUACGGAUAUCGAGAAUAUUAUAGAGGAUUUUCGGUGAUUUUGGUUAGAAACAGUUUGUCCAACACACUUUUCUUCACGCUGAGAGAUCCAUUGAAACAUAGGAUAGUAUCCCUUCCACAAGCCAGCCGUCUUCCAUGUUCUCUUCAACACUGGAUAGGCGAUUUUAUAGCUGGAUCGCUGUUAGGUGCAACGAUAUCAACGGCGUUCUUCCCGUUGGGAGUCGUCAAAAAUCAUAUGCAAGCAAAGAUAGUAUCCCUUCCACAAGCCAGCCGUCUUCCAUGUUCUCUUCAACACUGGAUAGGCGAUUUUAUAGCUGGAUCGCUGUUAGGUGCAACGAUAUCAACGGCGUUCUUCCCGUUGGGAGUCGUCAAAAAUCAUAUGCAAGCAAAGGUCGGCGUAAACUACGACAGCGGUCUCCGCGUGUUCCGAGACGUUUGGCAACUCCGAAAUCGUUCGCUUCGAAAUCUCUACCUGGGUGUCCAUCUGAACUUUACACGAUCCCUCGUCGCAUGGGGAAUCAUCAAUUCAAUGUACGGAAUUCUUCGAAGAGCGUUGGCUCCGUUUGAAUAA